AUUGCAGGAUUACAAAUAUAUGAAAAAUAUAAAAGUUAAAAUACUAAGUCAUCAAUGCCUAGAAUCAGCUGAGGCUGGGGGAAGCAAAGGGUGGUUAGACAUGGUUAGACAGGAGAGAGAGCCAGAGAAGGUGCCCAGAACAGGAAGAGGCCAUAGGGUACCCUGCUGGCAAAACUUCUCCUUGCCCAUGGAAUCUCCAAGGGAGACCAAAAAGGCUGAAGGGGGAAGAAAGAAAAGGGUAGAAAAGGGUCUGGAAGAAGUAUAGCUUUGCCUUUUUCCCCUGGUUUACACCCAUAUAACCCCCCCACCCAGCCCUGAGCCUUCCCUGUUUUUCCUGAGGGGCCAGUUGUGGCAGAGGUUGCAGACAGAGGGGACAGGAUGUGCUGCCUGCAGCCCACAGGAGGGCAGGGAGCUACCAACGCUGCCACCUUCAGAGCAGGACCCCUGGACAAGCUGUACAUGUCCCACACAGCCCCAGUGCCAGAACUCAUCCAUUCCCUUCUCCCACAUCCAGAGGUGCAAGUGACUUUCUCUGUUUCAUUAGCCCUUCAUUAUUGUCAAAGGGAGCUCUGUCUAUGUCUCUGGCCAACCCGGAGAAGAUGCAGCUGAGGUGCGCCCGGGUCCAGGUGUGGGUGGAAGGGAGCAGCUGUCUGCAGUAAGGACCGUCAGUUGCUCCAGUGUGGGACUGGGGGGUUUGGAUGGAUGAGGAGUGGCACCAGCCCUGUGGGGUGCACCCAGACCUGCAGGUAGGAGGUGUUGCUGCCCCUCCGGCAAAGACAGACCCUGUAGCCCAGGAAAAGGCCAAAAAGGAAGUUAGGUUCCUUCCCUCUUAUUUAAUUCUGCUGAGCCACCAAACUUGUGGGCUUGUGGUUGCAAAACAACUCCCAGUUUCAUAAGACCGAGAAGAAGUCAUUUCACCAUCAAGUGACCGGAUCUAAGAAAGAGAAACAAAAAGUCCUGAUAGCCUUUCCCCCAAGGUCUGCCAGACCCUAGGACCUAAGUUGUCACAGGGGCCCAGCCCUGGGCAUGUGACUGGACAUUGUGGUUCCAGUUCAACCAUCCCAGCCCUGCAGUCGUGCUGCAGAAACCCAAGCCGAGGGACAGAAGGCGGCUUGUGACAACGAGUUUGUCUCAGGAGCCACAAGAAGCCACGCAGCUGCUCGGUGCCUCUGGACAACGCUUCCCUCUGAAGAAGCCCUGCUUGAGCCAAAUACGGAGGGAGCCAAGAGGGACGUGAUGCUGCCUGUGACCCAUGUGCUGGCCUUGGGUGAGUGCCAGAGGCUGUGGGGAUUCCCAGAGGGCGACAGGAGGUGUCCAGACACUCCACGGAGAUGUUACACAGCUGCUUCUCUUGCAGGCACUUGGCUGGUGUCACAGGGCGAGGCUACACCGAGUGCCCCCACAAUCUCCAUCUUCCUGAAGCCACCUGGGGUGAUCCCACCUGGAGGCUCCACCACCAUCUGCUGCGUUUGCCAGUGCAGCUAUGGGACCUUUGUGCUGUACAAGGGCAGCCGCCAGCUCCACACCCUGGAGCAGAGUGGCAGCAGGGCCGAGUUCUCCAUCUCUAAUGCCACCUACGAGGACAGAGGUAGCUACAACUGCCAUUACCUGGAGGGAGACACUGUGCUGGCUCGAAGUACCGAACUGGAAGUCUUUGUGGAAGAGCUCCGUCUGCCCAGCCCCGAGCUCUCUGUCCUGCCUGGGCACGAGGUGACGGCGGGAGCUGAGGUGAUGUUCCGCUGCACCCCCACACACCCCAUCACCGGCUGCUUCCUCUACCUGGAGGGCCAGAUCCGAGCCCAGCUGCUCCCCAGGGAACGAGGUGACUACAACCUCUCCCUGGUGCAGAAAGGUGACAGCGGCCGCUACAGCUGCCAGUGCUACACCCUCAAUGCUUCCAGAGAAUGGUCUGCUGUCAGCAACAGCCUGGACUUGGUGGUGAGAGAUUACACGCUGUGCAACACCGUGCGGCUGGCGGGGGCGGCCGGGCUGCUGCUGCUGCUGGGGCUGCUCGGGGCCGAGGCGGCGCGGAGCCGCCGGGGCGGCCGGAGCCGCUUACUGCCCUGCAGCCACCCGCGCUGCCAGGAAUAAACCGUGCCUGUCGCCAUCCCUGGCCUGCUUCCUGUCCCAGUCGCGGUCCCGGUCCGGUCCCGGCUGCCUCGGGGGUCCCGCGGGGCGGGCGGGCGGCGCAACACCCAGGAACAGGCAGAGAGAGGGCUUGCACCCCCGGGGGGGGGGGAUGACCACUGUGACCACUGCACUGACCGCUGCACUGACCAUUGCACGGACCACUGCACUGACCAUUGCACUGACCCUGCACUGGCCCUGCACUGGCCCUGCACUGACUGCUGCACUUACCACUGCACUGACCGCUGCACUGACCAUGCUUUGACCACUGCACUGACCACUGCACUGACCACUGCACUGACUGCUGCACUGACCGCUGCACUGACUGCUCCUGCUGUGCACUGACCGCUGCAUCGAUCCCCUGGCCAUGCAGUGACUGCUGCACUGACUGCUCUUUCUGCACAGUGACCACUCCACUGACCACUCCUGCCACGCAGCAAUUGCUCCAGCCGCGUUGUGCCCACUCCUGCUGCACACUCACCACCCCACUGACCUCACCUGCUGCACAGUGCCCAUGCUGGCCAUGCAGCGAGUGCACCCAUGCAGUGACCAGCACACUGACCUCUCCCAGCACGCAGUGACUGCUCCUGCUACCCCCUGCACACUGAUUGCUCCCACUGCCCUGCAGCAGUGACUGCUCCAGCCCU